AGUUGAUUUUCGAAAUAAGUAGUUGUACCAUUAGUUUUAACAAAAUGAAGUUUAUAACUUUCGUUCUAUUGUUGAUGGUACAAAUUUAUGUAAUGAUCUCAAUGCCAGUAAAAGAAGGAUUAAAUUUAGCAGAACGGAAUUCAGAACAACAUUUGCGUGUUCGUCGAUUUACCUGCGACGUUCUUGCCAUAUUUGGGCCAGGAGUAACUCGUUCAGCGUGUGGGUUUCACUGCCUUAUGCUAGGAAAACACGGAGGCGAUUGUCAAGAAGCCAUGUGUGUUUGUCGAAAAGAAAAUAUUCUGAAAACGUGGAAUCAACAAUUUGGACAAUUUUAUAAAUUUCAAUGAUUUAAUUAAAUUUUUACAAAAAUUUAUUAAUUUUAAAAAGUCUUAGAAGUGUUUGGUUUUAUUGUUGUUAUAUGUAGCAGUAGCAUGUAUGUACACAGGUACAUACACAUUAACAGGAAAGAUGAUUUUUAAAAAUCAUAAAUCAAUUUUUUUUGAAAUGCUGAUUUUGUCCUGACCUAUAUACAGUAGAUAUUCAAAUUAAUGUAACAAAGCGACAAACUAAGUAUGGUGUAACAAAUAAGAGAGAAAAAGGAGAGGGAAGGAGUCAAAAUGCUCAAGGAGCUCGAAAACAGCGGGAAGUUUUGGGGCUGGCCCGCAGGGUCAACCGAUAGACAGAUUUUUUAUUCAUUAUUUGUUGCAAAAUUAAUAAAACUCACGUGGAUUUUGAAUAUUCCUUUAUUUUGUAUGGAUAAAUAAUAAGAUUGUUUUACAAAUGAAUAAAAUUGAUUUGAAAAAAUAUUGAAAUCUGAGUUGAGAAAAAUUUCAUCGAUCAUAAAAUUACUCAAAAUUUUAUUGUAUGAACAUUAGGGUGAGCCAAAAAAACCAACCUAUCGAAUUUACGUCUUA